AUGCCUCUCCAUCUCCUUGGCAAGAAAUCAUGGAACGUCUACAACGUCGAUAAUGUCGCCCGUGUCAGGCGCGACGAGGCGCAGGCAAAAGCCCGCGAGGAAGAAGAUGAACGUGUCAUGCAAGAGGUAGAUGCUGAACGCAGGAUAAAAAUUCUUCGCGGCGAACGUCCGCCUACACCUCCACCUGCGCCCUCCUUGUCGUCGCAACCGGGGGCUCGAUCAGACAGAAAGCCGGCCAGCGACGCCGGAGGAUUUCGUAAGAGAAGGCGGGUUGCCGGGGAAGAUGAUACGGAUCGAGAUAUACGAUACGCUCGGGAGGAUGCGGCACAGGCAAUUGCUAAGCGAGAAGAGUUGAUGCUCGCCUCUCGCAAGGCUGAUACAGCACAAGCACCGAUUCUAGACAAGGCUGGCCAUAUCAAUCUGUUCCCAGUCGCAAGUGCUAAGACAGAGAAAAAUCCCGAAGCGGAGGCCGAGACGGCACGGAAGAAACGCAGCUAUGAGGAUCAAUACACAAUGAGGUUCUCGAACGCCGCAGGCUUCAAGGAGACUAUCGGCCAGAAACCGUGGUAUUCCUCCGCAGAACAAAACGCAACAGCGCCAGGGUCAAUGCCCGAGAAAGACGUGUGGGGCAACGAGGACCCAAGGCGCAAAGAGAGGACACAGGCUCGUAUGAGUGCGAAUGAUCCACUUGCAGCCAUCAAGCGGGGUGUGCGCCAGUUGAAAACAACAGAACAGGAACGGAAACGGUGGAAUGAUGAAAAGCAACGAGAGAUCGAAGCUUUGAAGACUGAAGAAGCACGGCAAUCAAGCCAUCGGCGAAGACGAUCCCCGUCAGUGGACGAUCUCGAUGGGUUCAAACUGGAUGCGCCGGGCAUAGAACGCGAGAAGGACCGAAGAAGUUCUGACAGGCAUCAUCGUCGCCAUCGAAGUCGAGAUCGCUCUCAUCAUCACUCUCGCCAUCGCUCUCGUCACCACUCUUCUCAUCGCAGUCAUCGUCAUCGUCACGAUGAGAGUUCUGAGGCUGCCAGGCGGGAAAAACAUCCUGAAGCAAAGAAUCAAUCUUAA